AUGUUCGAAGUAAAUGAUGUUGCGAAGAGAGUUAUAGCUUGGUGCCUUGUGUUGCAAGCCAUCAUAAUUCAAGGAGACUCAGUUGAAAGUGGAGAUGUGAGUUUCUCUAUACAGUUGAAAAACGAAAUGUACGGCUUAAAACGUCCAACGGUUGUCUACCGAUGCAAGUCGUCUGAAAAAUCUCUGCGGUGGCACCAGUCGUAUAUGAAAACGGAGUUUACGUGGGAUUUUCAAGUCCCACCAUUUGGAAACGGCGUCGUUAUUCACCAGUGCCACUUCCUGUCGAGCCAAGGGACAGCUGAUGUCAUUAUCAAGACGUUGUCAAUGACAUCGAUCUUGUGCGGAGGGCAUGUGUGUAAAUAUGUUAUUAGGCCGAACGGUAUAUAUUUCGUUGGUUAUGAGACGUAUUAUCCGCACAAUAUUUUCUUAAGAUUUGUGGAGUUGGUAAGGCCUGUUAACAAGCUUGUUGAGCCAUGGAAGGCGUGGUCACCGCGGCAGCUAAAGGAGUUACAAGCGGAACGUAACCGCACCAGGUUAGUGGAUGACGAAGAUGAUGCUAAGGAAGACAUUGAAGAACACGAUUAG